AUGGCUAUAAAACAUUAUGCCAUGAGGAAGCAUCAAACUUUUUUUGUGGUGGAGUCAAAAGCAACAACAUAUGUUGUGAAGUGUGUCAAUCACAAUAGUGGAUGUCCUUGGAGAGUUCGAGCAUCAUUGCCAAAAAAUGGAGACAAGUGGAAAAUUAUAAAGUGGGGUGGUGCCCAUACGUGCGUAAAUGCUUCAAUCUCUCAAGACCACCAAAAGUUGGAUUCCAAAUUUAUUUGCUUAUGCAUUCUUGGUAUGGUAAAAGAAGAACUAUCAAUGCCUAUUUCGUUAAUUCAAGAGAGAAUUAGUGGUCAAUUUGGAUAUUCAAUUUCAUAUAAGAAGGCAUGGAAAGCAAAACAAAAAGCAAUUGUUACUGUAUUUGGUGAUUGGGACGAAUCUUAUGCUGCAUUGCCAAGGUGGCUAGAGUACAUGCAAUUACAUGCUCCUGGAUUUGUAUACAAAAUUGAAACAACUAAUUAUGUUGAAGGUCACACCGUGGAUAAUAGAUAUCGAGUUUUUCAUCGGUUGUAUUGGUCGUUCAAGCAAUGUCAUGAAGCUUUCAACUUUUGUAAGCCUAUAAUACAGGUAGAUGGAACAUUUUUGUACGGUAAGUACCGACAAACUUUGCUAAUUGCUACGACUCAAGAUGGAAACACCUGUGUGCUUCCUAUUGCGUUUGCCAUUGUCGAAGGAGAAACCUUAUCUGCAUGGGAAUGGUUUUUAGCCAUGAUUCGUAUACAUGUGACAAAUAAGGCAGGGCUAUGUUUGAUCUCAGAUCGACAUCAAAGUAUAAAAGGUGCAGUCUCUAACCCACAUCUAGCAUAUACACCAUCAAAACAUAUUUUUGAAUCUAAGCUUAAUAUGUUUCGAUCACAAUCACCUGAAAUUCAGAGUUGGAUAGAUAAUAUAUCCAAGGAAAAGUGGAGCUUGGCUUAUGAUGAUGAAGGACGUCGUUAUGGCCACAUGACAACAAAUUUGUCUGAGUCCAUAAAUAAAAUUUUGAAAGGGGCAAGAAACCUUCCUAUUACUGCCUUGGUCAAAGCUACGUAUGCACGGUUAGUAGAAUAUUUUGUGAAGCGUGGUGAAACCGCAAUGUAUGAGGUUAACAAUGGAGGAAGAUACUGUCAAAAAUUAAUGGAAGCUAUGGAAAAAAAUCAACAAGAAGCAUCUUCACAUCAAGUUCGGCGGUAUGACAUACAAAGAACAAAGUUUGAGGUUGAGGAGGCAUUUAAUCCAGUGACACAAAGGGGUGGUCAUAAGUGGACAGUCAUAUUGUCCACACGUUAUUGUCAAUGCGGAAAAUUUAAGGCAUUCCGAUAUCCAUGCUCACAUGUCAUAGCUGUUUGUGCUCAUAUGAGCAUAGAUUUUUGGCAAUAUGUGGAUCCUGUUUAUACUAUACAGUAUGUUAUGAACGCAUAUUCAUCUUAG